UUGAAACGGUUGGGGUUGGGGUUACGGCGUGCAUUGAUUCAAGCAGGCAGGUUUAUAGUGUUGACAAAGGGAGGGUGGGGGUCUGGAGCCGAAUUCAUGUCCUGUUUGCGCGUGUUGGCAUGUGUAUGUGUACACAGCGAUCCUGUGGACGAGUUGAUGGCCUCAAAGUUGUUUGCAGUCGCUGACAUUUUAAUAAACAGAUCCCAAGGUCACCGGUAAUGGAAGGGGCAAAAGAAGAUGAGCAGUGCAGCAUCUCUACGGCAGUUCUGCCCUCCAGCCAUGAGAUUAGAGCUCGGCUGCUACACUUUUUGGAGGACCAGAUGCAAACCAGUAUGUGGACUGGUGUGCUGAUUGGAGUGGCAGCUGCUGUUUCAAUUAUUAGCGUUAUCAUAUUCUUGCUGUACAGAAGAUACAAAGCAAAACAACAAACUGAUACCCCCAAGUAUCGCUUCAGGAAAAGGGAUAAAGUGAUGUUUUAUGGACGAAAAAUAAUGAGAAAGGUCCAGACGUUAUCAUCCCCAAACAAUUUAAGUUCUGUGUCUCAAAAACGAACCAGAAAGAGACCCAAAGUUCUUUCGAUUGCACGCAAGAUUUUGCAUUUUCGGCGGGAACCACCCACUCUUGAGCCUAAAGAGCCUCCUCCGUCAGUUCUAGAGGCAGAUUUGACUGAAUAUGACGUUCAAAAUUCUCACCUUCCUUCUGAGGUCUUGUACAUGCUUAAGAACGUCAGGGUCCUGGGUCACUUUGAGAAGCCCUUGUUUCUGGAGCUGUGUCGUCACAUGGUGUUUGUGGAGCUGCAGCAAGGAGAGGGACUUUCGCCUGGAGACACAGACGACAGCAUCUUUGUCGUACAGAAUGGCCGACUAGAACUGUGUGUUAAUCAGACUGAUGGCACAGAGUUGGUGGUAAAGCAUGUUUUGCCUGGAGACAGCAUCCACAGUUUGCUUAGUAUCCUGGAUGUCAUCACUGGAUAUCCAGCCCCCUAUAAGACAGUAUCUGCUCGUGCUGCAGCUCCAUCCACUGUGCUCCGUCUUCCUGCUGCAGCUUUUCAGUCAGUCUUUGAGAAAUAUCCUGAAACUUUGGUCCGAGUUGUUCAGAUCAUGAUGGUGCGUCUGCAGAGAGUAACCUUCCUCGCCCUGCACAACUAUCUGGGGCUGACCACCGAGCUGUUUAACCCGGAGAGUCAAGCCAUUCCUCUGGAGAACGUGGCCAGGGUGCUCGGAGAUGGAAGCCCAGGCCGAGGCAAUCGCCGAAACUCUCAAACAGAAGAGGACGCUGUAGCUGAGAAACUUGCUCCCGGGAGCACAGAGAAGCAAUACAAUGCAGGUGAUUGGAAACCCAGGCAGAUGCAAAGUCCCUCAGCAGCCUUCAGAAAAUCUCGUUCCAUGUCCACUCCUUUAGAAAGUUCCCUUCCAGCUGGAGGCAAUGAUCUCAGUACAGGCUUUGAGGACGUGUCUGUUCAGAAAACUGAACUCCCUCCAAGCCCUGUAGCGUAUAAGUCAAUUCUGAAGAAGAGUGUCACCAUGCAGCCUGCUCCAUCUGCCGUGUACCACUAUUCUGACACUGGAGGGCACCCUGGCCACGUCCACCACAACAAAGUCAACGCCAUCUUUCAGGCCGCCAAGAAAGACCUGCUCAAGAUCAUUCAGCUCCAGGAUCAAAAUCUUCUGGAAGGCAGGGUUACACUGAGACAUGUGAAGGCUGGAAGUGUAGUAGCAAACCAAGGAGACCAGGACGUGAGCAUGCAGUUUGUGAUCUCUGGCACGCUGCACGUUUACCAGCGCAUGAUUGACAGAGACGAGGACUCGUGUCUAUUUGUGACUCACCCGGGUGAGCUGGUGGGUCACCUGGCCGUGCUCACUGGAGAGCCGCUCAUCUUCAGCGUGCGUGCUCACCGCGACUGCAGCUUCCUCUCCAUCUCCAAAACACACUUUUAUGAGAUCAUGCGUGAGGAGCCACAGGUGGUGUUGAACGUGGCUCACACAGUGGUGCGCAGAGUCUCGCCCUUCGUCAGACAGAUUGAUUUUGCUAUCGACUGGAUGGCAGUUGAGGCCGGAAGGGCUGUCUAUAGGCAGGGUGAAAAGUCAGAUAGCACCUUCAUCGUGCUGAGCGGUCGUCUGCGCUCCGUCAUCAUGAGGGAGGACAAGAAGAAAGAGCUGGCUGGAGAGUACGGGAGAGGCGACCUCAUCGGCGUGGUUGAAGCUCUGACCCACAUGAACCGAGCCACCACAGUUCAUGCAGUGAGAGAUUCCGAGCUGGCCAAGCUGCCUGAAGGAGCGCUGAUCUCCAUUAAAAGAAAAUACCCUCAGGUUGUGACUAGGCUGAUUCAUCUCCUCGGUCAGAAGAUUCUGGGAAACAUGCAGCAAGUCAGUGCACCGUUAUCAGCUCAUGGUCUGGGUCGGCAUUCUGUGGGCAGUAAGUGGGACACAGGUAACCCUGUUUCCAAUUUGUCCACUGUUUCCAUCCUGCCUGUUUCGGAUGAAGUGCCUAUGACAUCCUUCGCUCUGGAGCUGCAACAUGCGCUCAGUGCUAUUGGCCCUACUUUACUUCUGACCAGCGACAUCAUCAAACAGCGUCUGGGUACCGCAGCACUCGACAGUGUCCAUGAGUAUCGGCUGUCCAGUUGGCUGGGUCAGCAGGAGGACAUCCACAGGAUUGUUGUGUACCAGUCAGACAGCACUCUGACGCCCUGGACUCAGCGCUGUAUCCGCCAGGCUGACUGUAUUCUCAUUGUAGGCCUGGGAGAGCAGGAGCCUGCUGUAGGAAAGCUGGAGCAGAUGUUGGAGGGCAGCGCAGUUCGUGCUCAGAAGCAGCUGGUGCUCCUGCAUCGUGAGGACGGACCUCCACCCAGUGGAACAGCCGAGUGGCUCAACAUGCGCAGCUGGAUCUCAAGACACCUGCACCUGUCAUGCCCUCGCAGGGUUUUUAGUCGCAGGAGCCUGCCCAAACUGAGAGAGCUGUAUCAGCGUGUGUUUGAGAAGCCUCCAGACCGCCACUCUGAUUUCUCUCGCCUGGCUCGAUUGUUAACAGGCAACGCCAUAGCCCUGGUGUUGGGGGGAGGAGGUGCUAGAGGCUGUUCUCAGGUGGGCGUCAUCCGCGCUCUGGGUGAAGCAGGAAUCCCUGUUGAUCUGGUGGGUGGCACUUCAGUCGGCUCUCUGAUGGGGGCGCUGUUUGCCGAGGAGAGAAGCUACAGCAGAAUGAAAGUCCGAGCACGCGAAUGGGCCAUAGAUUUUGGGUCAAUGUUUAAGAAGAUCCUGGACCUGACAUAUCCAGUGACCUCCAUGUUCACCGGUGCGUCCUUUAACUCCAGCAUCGGUGCACUGUUUAAGGACAAACAAAUUGAGGACCUCUGGCUUCCAUACUUUAACAUCACUACAGAUAUCACCGCCUCCGCCAUGAGAGUGCACACUGAUGGAUCUCUGUGGAGAUACGUCCGUGCCAGUAUGUCUCUCUCAGGCUACUUGCCUCCACUGUGUGACCCGAAAGAUGGCCAUUUACUCAUGGACGGUGGCUAUAUCAACAACCUGCCUGCUGACGUAGCUCGCUCGAUGGGUGCCAAAGUAGUGAUCGCGAUUGAUGUGGGCAGCCAGGAUGAGACCAACCUAACCAACUACGGUGACUCUCUAUCCGGGUGGUGGCUGCUAUGGAAACGGCUAAAUCCUUUAGCAGAGAGAGUGAAGGUGCUGAACAUGGCUGAGAUCCAGACCCGGCUGGCCUACGUGUGCUGUGUGCGUCAGCUGGAAUUAGUGAAAGACAGUGAUUACUGCGAGUACAUCCGUCCCGCUAUUGACCGCUACGGCACUCUGGAGUUUGGCAAGUUCGACGAGAUCGCGGACGUAGGCUAUCAGCACGGGAAGACAGUGUUUGACGUGUGGUGCCGUAGUGGCGUGGUGGAGAAAAUGAUGAAGGAUAGACAUCAGGAGGAGUUCCACACGAGCAAGAGAACCAAUGUGGUGACUUGUCCUAACGCCUCGUUCACCGACCUGGCUGAGAUCGUGUCCCGUAUAGAGCCGGUGAAGCAGGCCAUAGUGGAUGAGGAAUCGGAAUAUCACACAGACUACGAUGAGGACAUGGUGCUGUCUGACUUCGACCUGUCCAAUGCCAGCAGUGAGCAUGAACAGACAGAGGAAGAGGACGACAAUACAGACGAGGCUGACACUGCCGAUACAGAUGAAGAAUUAAACACAGUGAGAAGACAAAGACGGCACCGGAACACCAAUCACACGAGCCAUGAGGUGCGAUGAGGAAGGAGUGAGGUUGCUGGGGGGGGGUCAGAUGAUCCGGAUCAAUGCAUCGAUAAAAAUAAAGGCAAUGGUUGAAAUAAAUCAAGACACUAAUUAGAAAUUGAUUAUUUAUUUCUAUCGAUGCUUGGUUCAGGAGAUUAUUGGAUAAUUGUAACCCAUAUAGUUUUAGAAUAGUUCUUUUCUAUGACCUUUAAAAAGUCCUUCUUUGUCUUUUAUGAGGUAACAGUAGGCCUACCAUUGAUUUCUAACAAAGAUCUUGAUUUAUCAACUAGAGACUUCAAAUUAUACCACAGCAAAGCAGAUUCAGGGGAAUUAUUAAAUAUCAGAUAGUUGCCUUAAGUGGUCUCUAUGAUUCACAAGUUGUUGCCUUAUAAAUCAGAUUCAUGGUCAUACAGCGUAUUCAUAGGUUUCGUCACAUGCCUUAUAAAUCAAAAUUCAAAUUAUAUCUUAUCUUGUAAAAGUGUAAGGUUUUUACUGGCUGUUGCAUAUACAUUAACGUUUCUAAAGUGGUUGUUUACUCCGAGAAGCUGUUAAUUUAAUUUACUAUUACGAAGCAUGAAAUAUGCAGCUUGUUCGAAUGUUAAUACAGCUAGAGUGAAAAGAAUAUACGAACAAACUGGAUUUAAGGCAAUCUAUGCUUUAUUUAUAUAUAUAUAUAUAUAUAUAUAUAUAUAUAUAUAUAUAUAUAUAUAUAUAUAUAUAUAUAUAUAUAUAUAUAUAUAAAAUACACACACACACACACGUGUGUAUAUAUACAAUAUUUAUUUUAUUCUUUAUCUGUGACCUCAUGGUCCUACAGUUCUGGUUACUGUUUUUGUACCAUUCAGUGUUUAUGUGCAUCAUCAUGAAGGUAUUUGGAGUUAGCAAACAAGGCCAAGUUUUGUGAUAGGCCUUUUUGCCUUCUGUACAUUAAAGGGAUGCUCCAGCGAUUAUCACUUUAAUCUCUGUCCACCUCAUGUGUAUCAUAUGCGUUAUUAUGAAAGACAAGAAAUUCAACAUUUAAAAUAUAGCAGAAUAAAGGAACGAGUUUCAAGGAAAUAUUUCAAGCAACUGCCCUGUAUAAGUAUUAUUUUCCUAAUACAGGAAAGCAUGUUGAAAGUCUAGUUAAUGGUAGUUCUACAUCCAGUGGCUAGAGAGAAGGCUGAUAAACUCUUAAGUAUCUCUUUAAUUUUAAAUCUGUGACACCAAUAUAAACUGCUGUAGACAAACAUCUAUCAUACAAAACGUUGUGCUCUGUUUUUUUCUUUUCAUUUCUAACAGCAUUUGUAAUGCAAGCCAACCAAUGCAAUUUAUAUAUGUUUGUUUUUUUUUUUUUUUUUAUGUAUGAUGUGACAUCUUCAGUGAGUUUGUAUGUAUUGACUGUAAUUUAAUAAUGUAGUGUGUGACUGACAGUCAUGAUGAUAAAUAGACAGUGUUUUAGCAUUAUUUAUCACAUAGAAAUUGCUAUAUGCUUUACCUGGAUUUUUAAUGCAGAGCUUUACAUUUCAGAUAUGUAAGCCGUUCUGUUAAAGCUCUCCAAACUAAUGUUACCCAACAUUAAAAAUGUACGACUGUGA